GUCAUGCCAGUUGCUAUCUGGUAGUUGUUGGAAGUAGUUGUGCGGUCGAAUCCAUAUCAAAAGUGAUUUCGGUGUUAAUUUAUUUUGGUGAUUUGAUAUUAAUAGUACUUUUCUCAGUUGUUAAAUACAAAAUGCAGGCAAUUAAAUGUGUCGUUGUUGGUGACGGAGCGGUGGGUAAGACCUGCCUCCUGAUCAGCUACACCACGAACGCCUUCCCUGGAGAAUACAUCCCCACAGUUUUCGACAACUACUCGGCAAAUGUGAUGGUGGACGGCAAGCCCAUCAACUUGGGUCUGUGGGACACAGCUGGUCAGGAGGACUACGACCGUCUGCGGCCGCUCUCUUACCCCCAGACUGACGUCUUCCUCAUCUGCUUCUCCCUCGUCAACCCUGCCAGCUUCGAGAACGUCAGAGCUAAGUGGUAUCCUGAAGUACGGCAUCACUGCCCCAGUACUCCCAUCAUCCUGGUGGGCACCAAGCUCGACUUGAGAGACGACAAGGACACCCUAGAGAAGCUCAAAGACAAGAAGCUCCAGCCCAUCUCUUACCCUCAGGGCCUGUCUAUGGCGAAGGAAGUUGGCGCCGUGAAGUACCUGGAGUGCUCAGCGCUGACGCAGAAGGGCCUCAAGACUGUGUUCGAUGAAGCCAUCCGUGCUGUGCUGUGUCCCGUACCGCGCGCCAAGCCUAAGCGCCGUUGCGUGCUCAUCUAAACCCUCGCUCCAUAGACUACCCCUUACUACUGCCUCAUUCUUGGCUCAAUAUGCCAGGCCGGGUCUUGUGAGGUCAUUCUUCUUUCAUACAUUUCGCUGCUUCCUAACCCAGCCAUCAAUAUUUAUAUGGAAAACUUCCUAUCCUUCACCACUUCACUGCUCCUUCAAUGUUUGCGAAGAACAUCAUGAUCGUGUUAUGAAUCUAAACAGCACUUAUCUGUUGAUAUUUGUUAUAACUGAGGAUAAAAAUGGGAUCAUGUCGACUAACCCUUCACUGGCGAUCAAUAAAACAUUCAUUAGAAGAUACCAUCAUGACUAAGAAGGAAUUCUUUCAUGACAAAAUCGCCCAGUAAGAGAAAUCUUCAAAGAGAUCAGCCAUUGCCAUCGCCGCUGGAACACUGCGACAGCAACAUCUUAGUGUACCGUAUAUUCAGCCAAUCAACUGAACGUCAAUAUAUCAUCUCUUGAUGUAUGCACGCGCGCAAACUCUACCUAUUCUUGUCCAGGAGUUACUUGGUCAUUCGAGUCCACACAAACCGAGCUAGGAAAUCUUUGUUUUGUAUCUUGUGUUUUUCUCGGACAAUUUCGUGUGAUACGCAAUCGAUUAUUUUCUGAAGAGUGAUAAACUUUUUCAUGUAUUCACAAUGUCUUCUUUUAGUCUUUGUUCUCGCUAUAUUAUGUGGCAGUUCGUCAAAGAAAACUCAAUGGGAAAAGUAAAUAUAGUUUGGGAAAAGGUUCAGCUUAUUGAACGACUCCGGAGCCAGUAUGGUACGUAAUCCCGACUACAGCGCUGAGAAAUACAUUGUUUCGAUAGACGAUGGCCACGAAGUAUCAAAUUAUUGUUUCUUAUGGGUAAAUAUAUAUAUAUAUUUAUUUAUGGUGCACGGAUUUAUGAUCUAUAUUAUGGCCAUGUUAAAGAUGAGGUACUAAUUUGGAGGAACAAAUGUUUUGAAUAAUUUUUGAAAUACUGAAAGAUUUAAUGCCUAGCUAAGGGGCCAUUAUCAUGUUGACCAAAUGUCCUGCUUGUUCCAUUACGUAUGGGGCUUCUGUUCACAGCCCAGAUUGGCUCAAUGUCCAGCCUAAGAUCCUCGGUAGUGUAUCCGCUCUUGACUUGUCUCAGAAAUAUUAGCAAAUUUAUCAAUAAGCCUAAAUUUGGCCUUGCUCCUCGUGGCGCUUCAGAAUUCUUAUUUUUCAUUUUUUCGAUAGCAUCGGCUGUGCAUGAUCAGGUAGCUUCACGGUACUGCUAAUUUCUUCUCAUCGCUGAGGUUUGUUCAACAGAAAAUGUCGUUUCCAGGCUUUCUGAUAAGUCCAUAAUUUGCUUCUUUGUAUGUGCUCCAGAAGCUGACGUCAUGUGCACUUAACUGUUCCUCUUAAGGAAAUUCAAUGUCUCUAGUGCAGUUGUCAAUUUUCAGCCUUUCUGUAUGUAGAGGACUUCAACCAAUCUGAUGCGGACUUGCUUGCGUUCACACAGCAAUUCUUCGCCUGAGCCCAUACCGUGACGCAUGGACCUGCACAAAAGAUGGUCGUGUUUGCCUGCUAGCCUUUUAAGUGCGUGUGGUGUAUGCUGGUCUGGAGGUGUGCGUCGCUUUUUUUUAAUUAUCGACACUUCUUAAUUACUGGCAAAAAGGAGUUCAUGACGCUGCGUAUUCGGUUUGAAUAUCCAUGCUCAAAUACAUAGCGUGAUCUCACAUCCUCAUGUGGAGCAUGUGCGUAUGUGUGCUCGAUGAUAUCUACUCAGACUUGCGCAACGUGUGGCGAUGUUCUAGCCAGCAACUUGAUCUUGUGGUUCUCUUCAGUUUCUCCGCUCCCGUGUAAGAUAUACACUAACCAUCCAUCGUCAACUGAAAUUAUUUCAGGUGGGAUAUCGCGGUAAUGUUUUUUUUCCAUUGCAAUUUAGAUCAUUGACAUUUAUUUUCUAGGCCGUCUUGUUGAGUACAUCAGCUCAUAAGCAAAUAUAUAUAUGCUAGAACUUAGCCCGCAGUUUGAUCACUCUCUUGACAUAUCAUUCACCGAGCAGCAACAUAAGUCUCCAAAAUAGUAUAAAUUGUGUUUGACUCUAGUAGUAUAUUUUGAUAAACUCUAAAUUAAACUUGCAUAUAUCUUCAUGCAUUGUUUUCGGUAAGCACGAAAUUUUCUUUAUUUGUAAUACUUGAAUCAGCGAAACUGUAAGCUUUCCUAUUUAUUUUUAGUCGAGUUUCCUGUUCAGAGGCUGUUCGGACUGAUGACAAUUUCAACGCAGCAUGUCGCACACGCGUGUUGUCCAGCCAUGUGUAAACCCCCCAUUCUAGUACCAAUCAAAAAUAGAGACGAUUUUUCUCUUUGUGUUCACAAUUCUAGUGGGCCUUACAGGGGGUUGUUACUCGCCAAUUCUGACAGAAUGCAUGUGUAGAACGCACAAAUACUUGUUCGCUGUCCCUGAAUCACGCACAGAAACUGACAACGUAAAAAAUUCAGCCCACAGAAAGAGUUUUCGCAUGGAACGUCAGGCGGAAAUAGUCAUUCUUCAAUAGUAAAUAGUCUUCAAUAGUCAAUACACUUUUUUUCCUUAAUCAUGACAUUAACUAUGUAUUGGGAGCAAAUAACCGCAUAUCUUUUCACAUCUGUCACUGAUUACAAUAUCAGUUUAAUACCUAGAUUUUCCCCGAUGAUCCUUCGACAUUCACAUGAGAUAGCGUGCGAGGAAACGUUUCAUUACGUGCACGCACGCCAGAACUACACUUAUUUCUGCACUCGCUUUCAAGGCCAGCUGACUGAUAGCUGCUCACUCAUAUUUUUUCCGGAUGUAGUUUUGCUCCGCUAAUUUCACUUGCUAGGAAAAUACUUAUUCGAUGGCGAGACUGUGCUACUUUACUUCCGACCAUCACUGUUGACGUGGAGCUCGCUCGUCCAGCUCGUAUUGACUGAGGGGAGAAAAUUAUCGCCCUGAAGUAUUCAUGCUAAAUAGUUCCCUCUUUUCGUUGUUUGAAUAAUUAUUUUCAGAUCUUACGUAUAAGUAUACAUAAAUAUAUUUAUCUAUGAAAUACGUCUUUUAACGGUCGAAGUAUUGAGUGGUACUUGUACAUAAUAGUAUACAAUGUAUUUAGGGACCUUUAGUACUUAGAUUUCAGCUCAUACUUCUAACAAACGCAAAAUUUUAUCGCUUAUCUAGCUUCGUAUUCAGUUCAGUCGGGUUGUAAGGCGUAUUUAGAUAAGGUCGCUUUACUGAUAACCUGUGCUGGCUACUAAUUAAGUUGAUGUUGGGGUGAUUUCUGAUAUUUCUUGAAUGUGCAAGAUCGUAGUUGUCGAGAUAUAUUUGAUCGGACGUUUAGUUAUGGUUUUCUAUCAUUCCCUAGUAUUUACCAUCAUGAAUGACCUCAGGCCGAGUCACAGUUUGUGCAGUUCAGCUAGCGCUUUUUACAGCCAGGCCUUCUUGCUCUUGAAUUUCUGGAAUACGUUUCAUGAACUUGAUAUGCUUUGUGAUGUACAGCUUUACUCUCAACAUGUAGUUGCAUUGUUUCUGACCCGCAAAAUCGGCCUGAUUUUUAAAUUUGUUUGCGUGUUACGAAAGUAUCUUUGAUGAUGGUAAUUGAUAACUGCUAAUUUAUACGUUAAAAAAUCAUGCUUGUUCAGUGAUUUCAUUGCUUUUUGUGUCACUUAUUGACUGUACACGAUUUGCGACUGUUGAUGUUUGUAAAGUGUUUUUACAUUUGUAAAUAAUGCGAGACGUGAGUAAAGAUACGUAAAUAGUA